AUGCAGACUGCACAGCAGUCGUGGGAACUCGAAAAUGUCGUCCAGCUCAUAGACCCCCGCCGCGACGCCCUCUACAACUACGAUGCCGCUGCCCACCGCGCCCUCUCCGACACAAAACCCUGGGCUGCCGACCCACGAUACUUCAAAAAUGUCAAAAUCUCCGCCGUCGCCCUACUCAAAAUGGUGAUGCACGCACGGUCCGGCGGAUCAUUAGAAGUCAUGGGCUUGAUGCAAGGGUAUAUCGCUGCUGAGACAUUCGUCGUCACCGACGCCUUUCGAUUACCCGUCGAGGGGACAGAGACCAGAGUCAAUGCCCAGGGGGACGCAAACGAGUAUAUGGUUGAAUACCUACAAUCCUGCCGUGAUUCGGGCCGUAUGGAGAAUGCUGUGGGGUGGUAUCAUAGUCAUCCGGGUUAUGGGUGCUGGUUAUCUGGUAUCGAUGUCUCGACGCAGUCAAUGCAGCAGAUGAAUGAUCCGUUUGUGGCGGUCGUUAUUGACCCCGAUCGUACCAUAUCCGCUGGAAAAGUCGAGAUUGGCGCUUUUCGUACGUAUCCAGAGGGUUAUACGGCACCCAAGGAAUCGAGCGACGAUGAUGAGUAUCAGAGUAUCCCACUCAAUAAAGUGCAGGAUUUUGGCGCACAUGCAUCUCAAUACUAUUCGCUGCAGGUCUCGCAUUUCAAGAGCACGCUAGAUACACAGCUUCUUUCGCUGCUCUGGAAUAAAUACUGGGUUGCGACGCUGAGUCAAAGCCCGCUUUUCACGACUAGGGAUUACGGCAGCAAACAGAUCAUGGAUCUCAGCCAGAAAGUGAAGAGAGCCGCAAAGUCAAUCGGAAGUGGUGGCGGCGGCGGAGGAGGAGGAGGUAUGGGAGCAUCAGGAUUGCUCGGAGCAGCAUUAGAUGGUGGUGCCACAGGUGGCGGUAGAAAUGUCCCGGCCAGGGACCAACAGAUAGCCAAGGCCGUUCGUGAUGGGAACCGCAUUGUCGCCGAGGAAGUCAGUGGUCUAGUAGCUGCUGAUAUCAAGAAGGGGCUUUUCCAGAAUAUCCCCGAGAAAACUUAG